AUGGUCUACACGCUGUGUCUCCCGCAGCUUUUCAAUGCCACCACUCCCUCUUAUGCGCCAUCGCGCAGCCGGUCGCACGCAGAGGUUGUCCCAGACAUCGUAGUGAUCCCACCGAUGUCGGACAUGAGCAGCACCGACGUGCAGGCUGGCAGUGACGCGCCCUCUGCCUCCCCCGUGAUGUCGACUUCGAAGUCUGCAGUCGCGUCGAAGCGCGGCCGGCCGUCGCUGCGUAUCGCAGCCAGCGCCAGUGUGCCGUUCCCAGCCACUGCGACCCCAACACGCACCCGCUACUCAGACCACGUCUUCGCUGGUUUACGCUCUGCUCCCUUACCGCCCGGCACUGCGCGCUGGGCGCCGUCCUUCUCCCUCUCGCCGACGCCGCACAGAACCCACUUUGAUUCGUUCAGCAGCGUGGUGGAGAUCCCGCGGUUUCGGAAACGCGAGCUCAACCUAGGUAUCGUGCGGGGCGCUGCGCAGAGCGUCGCAUGGUUCCUCCUCUGGGUGACAUGGGUCGGGAAUGGCCUCCUUGGGGCCUUCUUCGACGUGAACAUCAUGUACAUGCUCGCGCAGUGCGCCAUGUACCCUCCCGCCCCCACCUCCCACUCCCUUUGGGUCUUUCUUGCUGGGGGGUACGGUGUCCUCUGGGUUGUAUCGGUUUUCGGCAUCUGGCUGGGAUAUGGCGUCGGUUUCCAGUACUACCGCCGCUGGCGGCGGGUCCGGCCGGCGAUCGAGCCGAUCUAUCUCUCCCUCUACGCCAACCUCCACCUGUCCCUGCUGAGCUUCGACCACUUCUGCUUUCUCUUGCACAUCCGGCUCAGUGCAUGGCACACGCCACACGCACUCGACAUUUUGCCCGAGACGGCACACUUCGUUGUACAGCUGCUUCCAGGACUCGUGCCGAUGGCCGCGCGCGCUGGGAUUGCGAGUGUUCUCCUCAUCUCGAACUGGAAUGCGAGUGCUGGUGGGCUGGGGCGCGACCUGCGCUUCUUCGACCCCGAACUGACGACGUACGCCCGUGGGUUGGUGCUGGCGUCCUGCGCAUACGUCGCGGUGCGCAUUGUCGCGGUUGCCCUCGCAGCCCUGACCCUUCUCCUCUUCCUUGCGCGUCCGCUGAAGACGACGCACUCAAGCGAAGCCUUGCUGGGUCGCCGUGACCCUGCGGCCGUUCAUUUCCCGGCGACCACAUGGCGCGACGAAAACGAGCUCCAGUGGGCAUGGCGGGCACGCACCCGCGCGAGGAUCCAGGACGCGUUCGAGCUGUGUAUUGUGCGCCCCAUUCGGUCAUCUGUGACGUUGGAAAAGGCGUCAGUGCCACCACCAGCGCCCGUCCACCGGCGUGGGGAAUCGGCGCCGCGCGUGCUGAAUCUCGACUUUGCCCGGUCCGGCACAGUAAACGGAAACGGGAACGCCCAACGCCGCCGCAAAAAGGAGAGCACGGCCCCGCUGACUUUCGCGGACGCGUUCGGAAGUGGAAUGAUGGCCAACGAGUUCUACGCCGACGCCGAGCUCAGCCCAACCACCAUCUUUAAGGAUAUCCAGGCGAGUAUGGGACUCGCGCGUGUGUCAGAGGAGACGGAACCUGGAACCUCUCCUCUCAAGAUCCAGAAGCGCACUCGCCCGUCCACGGCGACUGAAGACGUCCCGCCUUCCUCGCACUCCCUCGUCUCGCUCCCCAUUUUGUCGCCGCUCACGCCGACAUUUGUGCCCAUGCAUCCGCUCGAUGCGGCCUCGUCCCCUGACCAGACCUUCACGUCGGCCCGGGGCCCCGUAUCGUUCGAGGUGUGGCGCGGGCGCCAGCCGAGUUCGCGUCACGUCAGCUUCGGGAGCCGAUUGAGUGGUUUCUCGGCAGACGCGACCCACGGGGACAGUAUGUGUGGUCAUUUGGACGGCACGUUUGAGGAGCUGAUGAGCUGGUCAACUGACGGCUAUGUCUUUGAUCGUGCGGUGAGCACCGACAACCAUGAGAGAGGAGAGGUGGUUGAGCGGCCACCGCGCGGUAGUGCGUUCUUCGGCGACGCGCCGCGCAGCCGCGACAGCCUGGCGUCCACUGCUGUUCUGGACGCAUCCUUCUCGACGCAGCUGGAGCGCACGACUUCCUUUGUGGACAUGUCGGGUGUCGCAGACACAUCGAUGUCAUUCUCGCCGGAUCCAUCACGCGUGUCAACGACGUUUGGGCUUGAUGUACUGGCCCCCGUGCACACUGAGGCGGUGCACACCCAGGCGCCGCGCAUUGACCCUCCAAAGCCGCAAUCCACUACGCCACCGCGCCCAGCCCGGUCGCCGAAAAGGGAGUCCCAAUCACCGAACAUCUCUCAGCUCGAGCUCUACACACCGCGCACCCCAUCACGCCAGACGUCGCGUCCCGAGACGGCCGUGAGCCCGGUAGAGCCAAGCACACACAACACCAUCAACGAGGCUGACCUCUUCUACCAGCGCAAGCGGCGUUCCACCUCAGCAGUGGGCCUCCGGACCGCUGGCAUCCCGAUGGCGACCAAGUUUGACGCGUUCCCAUCGCCUCCUACCCGCUCUCCUCGCCUGCCUGCUGUGUCGCUGGGUUCUCCGCUCGGCUCACCCCUCAGCUUAUCCCUCAGUGGUCAUCUUCUCCCGUCUCCGAUUGCCAUCGAGGAGGUACACGACGAGAAAGGCGACGAGCGCCCUCUCAAGGGCCGUGGGAGUAGAAGUCCGAGUCGUCGCCUCUCAUUCACGUCCGAUGUUGAAUGGUUCGGGAACGGGUCGCCAAGUUCGUCACCAUCCCCAUCCAAGAGCAAUAGUAGGGCGCAACCCGCGCUGGUCGGACCGCCACCCGUACUGGAGCUACUGGCCGCAGCCUCGCCCACAACACCAGAGGUUCCGCCACCUGUACCUAGACCUCCACUUGCUUUCUCCGCUCCGACGUCGUUCCCGCAUCCAACCCCUCCUCCUGCGGGGCCGGCCGAACUCUCUGGCUCGCUGCGCAAGCGCAGAAUCCCUGUGCCCCAAAUCCAGCUGCCGCCUCCGCCGCCUCCGCCGCCUCCGCCCUCGGCGUUCAACGCCCCACCGGUGCCAGCGAGCGAGAGCAUCCCGGCCCCGCUCCUCUCCUCCUUCUCGAGAGCAUAUCGCUCGCGCAUAACCCGCGGCACGAUGCCCGAGUGGCUCGAAGACAAGAUGGAGUAG